AUGACCCUGGGCUGCAGCGGCGGGAGCAACAGACCCUGCGGCUUGCUGGCGGCGCCCUCGCCCGAGGAGGACGAGGACGACGAGGCAUUGUCCGACGUGGAGGACGGCGACAUCGACGUGGUGGGGCCCUCGCACGACCAUGGCCCGGCCAAGUUCAGCGACGAGGACGAGGAGGACGAAGAGGACUUGCGCCUCCUGCCCGAGCCGCCGGCACGGGGGAAGCCCUCGCCGGCCCAGGCCGGCCCGGAGCCUGCGCUGGAGGACAGCCGCCCACCUGCUGCUACCGGGGUGGCUGCUGCAGCCACGCCUGCGGUUUCCGUUGCCUCGUCGUCGGGAAGUGCUGCCUCCGGGGGCGGCGGCGGCAAGAACCCGUUGGUGAAGCCGCCCUACUCGUACAUCGCGCUCAUCACCAUGGCCAUCCUGCAGAGCCCCAAGAAGCGGCUGACGCUGAGCGAGAUCUGCGAGUUCAUCAGCGGCCGCUUUCCCUACUACCGCGAGAAGUUCCCCGCCUGGCAGAACUCCAUCCGCCACAACCUGUCGCUCAACGACUGCUUCGUCAAGAUCCCCCGCGAGCCGGGCAACCCGGGCAAGGGCAACUACUGGACUCUGGACCCGGAAUCUGCCGAUAUGUUUGACAACGGCUCCUUCCUGCGUCGGAGGAAGCGCUUCAAGCGGCAGCAACAGCAGCUCCACCCGCAGCCUCCCGACCUCCUCCUGCGCGCCGCCGCCGACCCGGCCGCUUUCCUGCCCGGCUUCGCCUACGGACCCUACGGCUACAACUACGGGCUGCAGCUGCAGAGCUUCCAUCACCAUCACCACCAUCACCACCCCGCGGCGGGAGGCGGGGCGGCGACGGCAGGGACCUUCCCCUUCCAGCCUCCGCCUUGCGCCCUGCCUGCUCCGCCGGGCCCCGCGGCCUCGGCGGCCUCCCCGUCGGUCUUCUCCGGCGGCCUCUCGUCGUUCCUGGGCGGCGAGCUGAGCUGCAGGAAAGCCUUCUACCCGGGCGGCCAGCUCAGCCCCACCGCCUCCGUCCUGCAGAGCCUUAAGACGGACCAGGGAGCCGGCCACAGGCCUUCCUUUUCCAUAGACAACAUCAUCGGCGGCGGCGCGGCCCCCCCGCCGUCUAGUAGCAGCGCCACUGGCGCGCCCGCUUCGCCUUUCCAGGCGGGCCACGCUGGCGGCCAAGCGCAGGUCCUGGCCAUGCUUUCUCCGGCGCUGACGCCCAUCCCGAGCCAUUUGAACCUGGCCCACGAUCCCCUUCUGCAGUCCGGGCAGAACUUUUCCAGUAAACUCACAAACCUCAACAGCUGUCCCUUUUAAACGGCCCCCGACCCCACCAGCCCCCUCCUUUCUGUCCCCUCUCCCUCCUAUUGUGUGUUCAAAGGUAGGAAUUCUUCCUUUUUUGAGACUGUU